AGAUGAGACAAAUGCAUGAUAUUUUGUGUCCCCCUUCUCAGCAGUGGAUUAUGUCGCCGGCAUGAACGAUUGAAGACAUCGCCAAGAUGCACGUACUGCUGCUCAAAGAGCCCAGAGAUGGAGAAUCUGGACCUGAUCCUUACAUUAAGGAGCUGGCAUCACAUGGACAUAAAGCAACCCUAAUCCCUGUGCUGUCCUUUAAGUUUGUCUCAUUAAACACUUUGUCAGAUAAGCUUUUCCAACCAGAAAAGCACGGCGGCCUUGUGUUUACAAGUCCAAGAGCGGUGGAGGCUGUGAAGAUGUGUUUAGAAGCAGAGGAAAGAAGGGAAGAAUGGAUCAGGUCGGUGAAAGAUAAAUGGAACACGAAGUCCAUCUAUGUAGUUGGGAAAGCAACGGCUGCAUUAGUCCAAAAUCUGGGUCUGAACCCUGUGGGAGAGGACACGGGGACAGCCGAGGUGCUAUCACGUGUCAUCAUUGAACGAGAGGAUACAAAUAUUCCACCUCUUUUCUUCCCCUGUGGCUCAAUCAAACGAGAAGUCUUGCCCACGGCUUUGAGGGACAAUGGAGUGCCCCUAGAGACGCUGACUGUCUAUCAAACUGCUGAACAUCCCGAUCUGGAGAAGAAUCUAAAGAAUUACUUCGCAGAGCAGGGGACCCCGGCGAGCAUCGCCUUCUUCAGCCCGUCAGGAGUGAAGUUUUGCCUGGAAGUGGUGCGGAGGCUGUCGGGUGAGCAGCUGACUCGGAUACAGUUUGCCGCCAUCGGGCCCACUACUCGAGACGCUAUGACAGCCGAGGGCCUCUGCGUCAGCUGCACCGCAGAAAAGCCGACGCCGGAACAUCUGGCGGCGGCGAUGGCCAAGGCUCUACAGUGACCACCCACAGGCCCCAGCUCUUAAAUCCAUCCACUUUAUCUUCUGCCUUUGUAUAUGCGUUGUGAUAUGUCUGUUUUAACGUACUGCUCAUCAUUGAAUCAUUGUUGGAGACGACAGCUGUUUUGCACUGAAAAAUAUUUGCUUUUUGUGUCAUAAAAGCUAAGAAGUGACAAAUCUGUUAUAUUAAGGAUGUAAAUGUAGCGUUUAUUUCCAAAAAUAAACUUCUAUCUGUGUGUUAAGGAA